GAGACACUUUGAUAGUUCUCAUAGCUCAUUACCAGGACCUGGUGCAGGACAACUCCUUGCUCUUCACCACCAGUUUUCGAACUUGUGUUCCUCUGGGUGCUUUGGUGGCCCAGCUUCACUAGUUAGAAAGCUUUUCUCCGCGUAGUCAGCCCCAGCGGCAGGGGGCUUUAAGCGGCGCCGCUUGGAAGCCAGUAGAAGGGAAGCGAAGAAAUGGCCGAAGUGCCGCGCAGACAGGCGCUGACCAAGUAUGAUAAGGCGGCGCUAGCGAAGGAGAACAUUAGGAAUGACACCUUCAUUGAACGUCUGUUCCUCACCUGGGUCUAUGCGGUCGUUGGCAAGGGGCGCAAGGGCACCAUCAAGCCCGAGGAGCUGCGGAUGCCCGGCGACCAGGCCGCUGAGGUGGCCGUGUCCAAGUUUGACGCGGCCUGGGCUGAGGAACUGAAGCUGCGUAACAGCGGCGAUGCCACGAAGAAGCCCUCGCUGGUUCGCGCGCUGCGGCGCUCGUUCGGCGUGGAUGUGCUGAUUGCUGCGGCUUGGAAGCUCACCUGGAGCUGCUUCGUCCUCGUGGGGGCCUUCUACUUCGUGCGUUCGCUGGUGCAGUACGUCACGCCCGUCGAAAAGCAGGGCAACAUGUACAAUCGAACCUCCAUCCCCGGCAAGGGUUUGGGAUGGAUCCUGUCCACCAUGUUCUUCCUGGACUCCAUCCUCGUCGGCAUCGCCUUGCAGCGCAUGGGCGAUGCAUGUGUGCGCGUGGGCAUUAAAAUCCGCGCCGCGCUCAUGGCCGCCGUGUACCGCAAGACCUUCCGCAUCCACAACGUGCACGAGGAGAACGUGGUGUCGCUGGUGGCCACUGACUGCGCCAAGCUGUACGAGGGCGUGGCGCACCUGCAGAAUGUGUGGACGGCUCCGCUCGAGGCCGUCGCCAUCAUUGCGCUACUGCUCUACCUGACCAACGGCACGUACGGCCUGCCUGCGCUGGGCGUCGUGGUGUUCAUCCUGCCGCUGCAGUACUACCUGGGCUACCGCAUCGCCAAGUACAAGCUGGAGACGGUGGAGGUGUCGGACGCGCGCGUGCAGCGCAUGCACGAGGUGCUGCUGGCCAUCAAGCUGGUCAAGUUCUACGUGUGGGAGAAGUCGUUCGCCAAACAGGUGUCAGACGUACGCGUGCAAGAGAUUAAGCUUAUGUCGCGUACGGCCGUCAUCAAGACCAUCAAUCUGUGCGUGGUGUUUGCCGUGCCGCCGCUGAUCGCGCUGGUCAUCUUCGCCACCUACGUGUUUAACAAGGGCCCCUUCGACUCCACCUUCGCCUUCACCGUGCUGUCGCUGUUCAACACGUUGCGCUUCCCGCUGGUGGUGCUUCCCAAGGCGCUGCGAGGCUCUUCGGAGGCCGUCGCCUCGCUGCAGCGUCUGGAGCGCUACAUGCUGCUGGACGAGUUCGAGGACGCGCCCAAGAGCAAGAUUGUGGAGGCGCGCUUCGACAACGCCGUGCUGUCUUACCCAGGCAGCAAAGAGGACUUCCGCCUCAGCAUUCCCAGCUUCGAGGUCAAGAGCGGCGAGGUGGUGGCGGUGGUGGGCCGCGUGGGCAGCGGCAAGUCGUCCAUCUUCCAGGCGGUGCUGAACCACAUGAACCUGGAGAGCGGCGCGCUGCACGUGGGUGGCUUAAUGGCCUACGUGCCGCAAACGCCGUGGGUACAGAACCUGACGCUGCGCGACAACAUCACGUUCGGCCUGCCCUUCGACGAGGACAAGUACAAGAAGGUGGUCCACGCCUGCGCACUGGAGCUGGACCUGCAGAUCCUGCCCAAGGGCGACCAGACCAUGGCGGGCGAGCGCGGCAUCAACCUGUCCGGCGGCCAGCGCCAGCGCGUGUGCCUGGCUCGCGCCGCCUACCACGACUGCGACCUCAUCCUGCUGGACAACCCGCUCAGUGCGGUGGACCAGCACACGGCGCGCCACAUCUUUGACAAGUGCAUCAAGGGCAUCUUCAAGGACAAGGCCGUCAUCUGGAUCACCCACCAGCUGGAGCUGCUGCCCGAGGUGACCAACAUUUGCAUCACGGACGGCGGCAAGUCGCUGUACUUUGGCCCCUACAACCCCGAGGCGCUCAACAAGCACCUGCCCGUGGACCACCUGCUGUUCGCCACCGUGGAGGCCGGCGAGAGCGGCGUGCAGAAGCCGGCCGAGGGCGAGAAGAAAGACGAGGAGCAGCCGGAAAAGAAGUCCAACACCAUUGAGGGCUGGAAGCACAAGGACAGCGACGGCCGCAAGUCCUUCCAGCGCUCGUCCAAGGCCGGCAUCCGCCCCAGCGACUCGGUGCAGGACUCGCUCAACAAGCUGGCGCAGGAGGAGGAGAAGCAAGCGGAAGAGGCUCGCUCGCACGAGCGUCGCAGCGCGGAGCAGCGCAAGAGCGGGCAGCGGCCGCUGGGCCGCGUCAGCGAGGAGGUCAACCCCGCCGCGCUGGACGAGACGCCCGAGGAGAUCGCGGCGCUGUUCAACGGCGUGCCGCGCCGCGUGACAGUGGGCCAGAGCUUCAUGGUGUACGUGCGCUCCGGCGGCCUUUUCUUGUUCAUUGUCAGCAUGUGCAUUUUCGCGUUCACGCAAACGGUGCGCAUUCUGUCGGACACGUGGAUCCGCUGGUGGGCGUCACCCGACUACUUUGGCUUCUACCCCUCCGGCUCGUUCAAGAACUAUAUCAACUCGGACCCCAAGUACGACACCAUGGACGCCGCCAGCACGGCCUACAUCUGUGGAUACUUUGGCUUCGUUAUGCUGUUCGUCAUCUGCCUGCUAUGCCGCGACACACUGUUCAGCUUCUGGCACCUGCGCGGUGCCAUCAAGCUGCACAACGACCUGUACUUCCGCGUGCUGCGCGCUCCGCUGUUGUUCUUCCUGCGCACGCCCGUGGGCGACAUCCUCAAUGCCUUCGCCAAGGACAUGGACACCAUCGACGAGACGCUGCCGGACACACUGCACAUGAGCACCAUCUACCUGAUGAUCCUGCUCACCUCGCUGGGCAUCGUCACUUCAGCGCUCUACAUCUACGCCGCGCUCACCGGCGCGCUGUUCCUGGCCUUCUUCACCAUGCAGCAGGUGUACCUACCCGCGGCCACCGUUAUGAAGCGCUGGGCGGGCGAGACGUCGUCCAUGGUCUUCGUGCAUGUGGACGAGUCGCUGCACGGCAUGGAGGUCAUCAAGGCCUUUGACGCCGAAAACUACUUCAUCCAGGAGAACUUGCGCCGCAUCAACGAGAACCACCUGUCCGUGUUCAACACGGAGCAGUGCCACCUGUGGCUGGCCUUCUGGUGCGACUUCUACGGCGCCGUCAUGGUGCUGGCUACCUGCCUGCUGUCCGUGGCUUACAAGGAAGACGUGGGCCCCGCCGCCGUGGGCCUGGCCAUCUCCAACACCAUCCAGGUGCUGGUGUUCUUCACCUGGGUGGUUCGCGGCGCCGCCGACACCGUGUCCAUGUGGGACGCCGUGGAGCGUAUCGCUACCUUUGUCAGCAACGUGCCGCAGGAGGCCGACCUGGCGCCUGCACCGCUGCCGGGCGCGGCAGCCCCCGGCGCCUCGGCCGGCAACCUGGCGGGCAUGGGCGAUAAGAGCAAGUCGCUGGUGGAGAUCAAGGUGGAGGGCGACGGGCUGGUGUCGGCCGACGGCGAGCCGCCCAAAGACUGGCCCACGCAGGGCGACAUCCGCUUCGAGAAGGUGUGCCUGCGCUAUUAUCCCGGCGCGCCCUUGGCGCUCAAGUACGUGUCGUUCCACAUCAAGGACGGCGAGAAGAUUGGUGUGGUGGGCCGCACCGGCUCCGGCAAGACCACGCUGCUGAUGGCGCUGUUCCGCAUGUUCGAGCUGGCGUACGGCCGCAUCGUCAUCGACGGCAUCAACAUGGCCAACAUCAAGCUGCAGAAGGUCCGCGCCGGUAUCGCCAUCAUCCCGCAGGAGCCGGUGAUGUUCAAGGGCACAGUGCGCUCCAACCUGGACCCCUUUGGCGAACAGCCCGACGGCGAGCUGUGGCGCGCGCUGGAGCUGGUGCACCUGAAGGAGGCGGUCGCGGAGCUGGGCGGGCUGGACAGCGCCGUGGCGGAGGGAGGCUCCAACUUCUCGCUGGGCCAGAAGCAGCUGGUGUGCAUGGCGCGCUGUGUGCUCAAGCGCACACGCAUCCUGGUGCUGGACGAGGCCACGGCGGCCAUGGACCUGCAGACGGACGCGCUGAUCCAGAAGACCAUCCGCAAGGCCUUCGCGGACCGCACCACCGUCACCAUUGCGCACCGCCUGGACACCAUCAUCUUCUCCGACCGCAUCCUGGCCAUGGCGGCGGGCCAGCUCAAGGAGUUUGACUCGCCCACCACGCUGCUCAAGAGCCCCGCCAGCUUCUUCACCAAGCUGGUGGAGGACACGGGCCCGCAUGCGUCCAAGAUGCUGCGGCGCAUGGCGGCCGAGGGGCCCAAGGACGAGGAGUAAGCGGACCGAGCUGUGUGAGCGACUUGAGGAAUACAGCGUGCGACCGUGACAUCCUGGACUGAUUGACUGGUACCUAACGCGUAGGGCAGUGCUGCGCAGACUGGGGCGUGUCUAUGUCUCUACGCAUUAAGCUACAACGGCAAGAUAUGAAAGUGAGAUCACGGGUUGAUGCAGUGUAGCGCAAGAUGGGCGUCUUGUGCAGGCUUGCGGCAGCCAUGAGCUGCAGGCGAUGUGGGUGUAUGCUGGGAUUCCUGACUAAGCAUCUGGUCGGGUUGGGGGAUGUGCCACAGGGCGGGCACCGUGACUGAUGCCCGCAGGCUCGAGGGGGAGGGGCUGGCUGUGUAGCCACAAGCCCAGCCGCCGGCGCCGAGUCGCAGCGGGGUGCCCCCAAGGCUCAUUUGUGAGCUCUUAAUGUAACUGCGCGGGUAGGCAUUGAAAUGCGUAAAUGCAAAUGCAGGCACAUUGAAAAGCCUGUAACUGAGGGGGUUG